AGUUUCCCUACAAAUACAAGUGACCUGCAUGUCAUGGAGGACAAACGAGCCCUUGUUCUUUCUAAGCUGUGCGAGUUGCAGGGCUGUUUGAUCCUAGUAGGGAUUAUCCACUGCCUUGUCGGACUUACAGGGAUCGGUGGCCUCCUUCUGAAGUUUAUUGGGCCUGUUACAAUUGUCCCCGCCAUGUUACUUAUGGGGACUUAUCUGGCUAGGGCAACUGCAAAGUUUGCAAGAGUUCACUGGGGCAUUGCCGUUGUCACAUCGGUUACAGCUAUCGUGAUGUCUCAAUAUCUCAGCAAGCGGAAAACGCCGUGUCCUGCCUGGUCUAGGAAAAAAGGUUUUCACAUCUUUUGGUAUCCCUUCCACCAAAUAUUUUCGAUUCUGAUUGGUAUAUUGGUCGGUUGGGGUGUAGCAGCUUUGAUGACGUAUGCAGGGGCAUUGACAGACGAUUCCUCAAAGGCAGAAUUCAUGGCCAGGACUGAUGCACGUGCUGAUAUCAUCUGGAACGCCAACUGGUUCAAAGUGCCAUAUCCAAAUCAAUUUGGAACGCCAACCUUCAACACAGGAGUGUUUAUAGCUUUCUUCAUUGGUACACUUAACUCCAUCCUCGAUUCCAUCGGAGAUUACUACGCAUGCGCAAGAACUUGUAACGUUCCCCCGCCGCCUCGCUUUGCCGUUAACAGAGCUAUCACAGUGGAAGGCUUUGGUACCACAUUGUCAGGGGUCUUGGGGUGUGGCCACGCUACCACCACGUAUGGAGGGAACAUCGGGGUCCUGGGGGUUACAAAGGUAGCCAGUCGGGAUGUUAUGCUGUGGACGGCAGUCAUGUAUAUAGUUUUUGGCCUCGUAGGGAAAGUGUCGGCAGUCUUCAUAACCAUACCACUUCCGGUCCUAGGUGGCGCCAUGAUCGUUAUGUUUGGAAUGUUUAAUGGGAUUGUCCUGUCCAACCUCCAAGUGGUAUCGCUUUCAUCUACUCGUAAUCUCGCUAUCAUCGGAACCUCUAUACUUGUUGGUCUGAUGGUCCCCUACUGGCUAGAGGUCUAUCCGGAUGAUCUCAAAACAGGCAAUGCCUAUAACGACAACAUAUUAAAGACACUAUUAUCAAACCCCAUCCUGUGUGGAGGUAUUAUAGCGGGCUUCUUGGACAACACAGUUCCGGGUACGGCCAGAGAGCGAGGGAUCACAGCUUGGCAGGAGCCCGAAAAGUGUGGACAAACCCUGAAGUACAGUGAAGGACUGGAAAUAUACACUCCUCUUCUGCCAGCGCGCUUGCUCUCUUGGAGGGUGAUGAAGUACUUGCCCUUCUGUCAGUAUAAGCCUGUUGAAGACAACGUGUGUGACCACAAAGAACAUACUGUAUAGGGCUAAGGAGGACAAUGUCGGUCCUUCAGGCAGUGUUGUCUUCACUCUAUUUAAUUGAAAGAUAAAUUUCCGUUUCUUAGAAACAUGUUACUUAUUUCUUCGAUGCUUUUGCUUCCUAAAACAGCAUUGAUAAGCAUUUUGGAAAAAUACAAAUAAAUAUUUUUAAGGAU